AUGGAUGUAAACUGUUUAACACUGAAAGACCUGAUCAGCCCCAGGCAGCCCAGGCUAGAUUUUGCCAUCGAAGAUGGGGGAAACGCACAAAAGGAAAAUAUCUUCAUCGAUCGGUUGAGGAUGGCUCCAAAGACUCCAAUAAAAAAUGAACCAAUUGAUUUAUCAAAGCAAAAACUCUUUACUCCAGAAAGAAAUCCCAUUACUCCCAUUAAGCUUGUCGACCGGCAGCCGAUAGAGCCAUGGACACCUACAGCAAACCUGAAGAUGCUCAUUAGUGCAGCCAGCCCUGACAUACGGGACCGAGAGAAGAAGAAGGAACUAUUCAGACCCAUAGAAAACAAGGAUGCUGCAUUGACAGUCUCUCUACAGCUUGAUGUUGUUGGGGACAGUGCGGUGGAUGAAUAUGAAAAGCAAAGGCCAAGCAGAAAGCAGAAAAGUUUAGGACUCCUGUGCCAGAAGUUUCUAGCGCGCUACCCGAGUUACCCCCUGUCAACUGAGAAAACUACUCUCUCCCUAGAUGAAGUUGCUGGCAGCCUUGGCGUUGAAAGGAGACGCAUAUAUGACAUCGUAAAUGUGCUGGAGUCGCUGCAACUUGUCACCCGGGUGGCCAAGAAUCAGUAUGGUUGGCACGGACUGCACAGCCUGCCCAAAACCCUGAGGCACCUCCAGAGACUAGGAGAGAAGCAGAAGUAUGAAGAGCAGAUGGCAUACCUCCAACAGAAAGAGCUAGACCUGAUGGAUUAUAAAUUUGGAGAACGGAAAAAAGAGCUCUAUCCAGAUUCCCAGGAACCACAGUUGCUGGAUUUCUCUGAACCUGACUAUUCCUCUUCAUCCGCAAAUAGCAGAAAAGAUAAAUCUUUGAGGAUUAUGAGCCAGAAAUUUGUUAUGCUGUUCCUUGUAUCCAAAACCAAGAUCGUUACUCUUGAUGUGGCUGCCAAAAUACUGAUAGAAGAGAGCCAAGAUACUCUGGAUCAUAGUAAAUUUAAAACAAAAGUGCGGCGCCUCUACGACAUAGCCAACGUUCUGACCAGCCUGGCUCUGAUAAAGAAAGUGCAUGUCACCGAAGAGCGAGGCCGUAAACCUGCCUUCAAGUGGAUCGGGCCUGUGGACUUCGGCACCAAUGAUGAGCAACUAGUGGAUGUUUCUGCAUCUGUCUUACCAGAAUUGGAGAGAAAACCAUAUGGCCAGAUUCAAGUUUGUGCAAAGCAGAGGCUGGCUCGACACAGUUCCUUUAACACAGUUCAGGCUUCUGACAGGAUCAAGAGAAAAGUCAACUCAGAGCCCAGCAGCCCUUACAGAGAACAAGGAUUAGGGGGCUGUUCCUUAGAAAUCGGAAGUCUGGCAGCUAUCUACAGGCAGCAAGUUGAAGAAAAAUGUCAGGGCAAAGCCUUUGCCAGUAAGACGGUGGUCUCGCCAUCAAACAACCUGGACCCUGCUCCUCCUUUCCCUGUCCUUCCUGUUGACUCUGAAUAUUCUGCUAGUUCCUUAGCAAAGCAAGCAUGUUCCGUCCCUCAAACGGAUACACAGGCAUUCUCUACACAGAAUGGUCACAGUGGACAAAUGGGUGUCCCCCCCACUCCCGCAGCCUCUGACGUGGAGAACCUGAAGCCAGCUGUGCUUGCUGGUCAGCCCUUGGUGUACGUGCCCUCCACGUCACUAUUCAUGCUGUACGGGAGCCUUCCAGAGGGUGUGCCCCCCGGCUCCGGCUCAGAGAGGGCGAGCAGAAGCACUGACGGCUCGGCUGCAUCAGAGCUAUCGUCUGUACCCUCAGCUCAGAAGCGUGUCAGGGAGAAGAAGCCUCAAGAGGAGGAAGACCCAGGCAUUAAACGACGCAGUCUGGAGUACGAGGAUGGCCCGCUUUCCCUUGUCAUGCCCAAGAAAACCUCCGAGCUCACAGACUGUGCCUGUCCCAAGACCAGCGGUAACAUAGGAUCUGUGCCCCUGGAAGACAUCCACGUGAAUGGCCAACAGUCUGCUUCAAGGGAGGCUUCAGAAAAGGUUGUAGCAAACUGCCUCAUCGUUUCUCCUGAGUGGUGCGAUCCUUCCAGAAACACAGAGCUCAAAAAGCCUUCGAGAGAGCGUCAAGGCACCAAAGAGCCCCCGUUGCUCCAGUAUCUUUAUGUCCCGUCUCCAGCUGGAUUAAAUGGUUUCAAUGUGCUCUUACCGGGCAGUCAGACCCCUCAUACCGUGGGGCCGUCUUCAAACCAGCUGCCGCCCCUCAACCUUCCUUGCAUGGUCUUACCAUCGCCAGCCCUAGGCCCCUUUCCAGUCCUUUAUUCUCCCACCAUACCUGGGCCAGGUUCUUCAGCUCCUGGCACGCUUCCCAACCCAGGGCAUGUGAAUUUUGGCUUGCCUGGCUUUGGAUCAACAGCCCAUCUUCUCAUCGGCCCUGCAACCAUGCUUAAUCCGAAGUCAUCAAUACUGCCCUCCACAGAUCCUCCCCUUCAGGGCCAGCUCUCACUGAACCACAGCCCAGAGGCACCCCAGUCCUGCUCAGCUGCCCAGCCGGAGUCACCGGUGUACAUGGGGCAUCUCGCCUCAGCAGUGAAGUCACAGCAGUCACCAGCCCCCAUGACUCCCAAGAGCAUGCAGCACACACAUCGUGAGAUAUUCUUCAAGACACCCGGCAGCCUCGGAGACCCUGUUACUAAGAGAAGAGAAAGAACUCCGUCUCGGAAUACCAGCUCAGCCCAGAGAAGACUGGAGAUUCCCAGCGGGGGCGCUGACUAACCUGACACGACCAGGUGGGACGGGACUGGACCACCUCGAACGUUGUCGCUGUGUUGCAAGUGUUACUCUAAGGGUGACCAGAAACCACCCUCAGACCAUCGGUCAUCAGCAUGCUCCUCCUUCCUCUCUUUUUCAUUCACUGGUUCUGUUCAUGCCUCAUCAUCACGAAUCAUCUAUUUUCCUGAGAGUAAUUGUACUUAAUCGCGCAUCUAAUUCUAAGUAGUUUGAGUUCGGACUCUGCCUGGAGUCCCAGUGAAAGGCUUGACUGUCGUGUGGCUUGGGUUCCAGAAGCAGCUGACUGCUCCGCGUAGAUCUGAACAGGCUGCUGGAGCUUGUGGUUUUACUAAGGGUGGGGGUGGCAGGGGGCUGUCUAGCACUUAACGAGGCUCAGCAUUCUUGACACUUGCCCUGAGUAAAUCUGUGGUGGAAAGGAAGAAAAAGCAACUUCCUUGCUGCAGUUUGAAGCCGCAACUGCUUCCUUAGACUUCAGCAGGGAGGCCAGCUGCAGUUGUGAGUCCUCUGGUAUUUAUUUGUCUUUCCUGAAAUGGGAUUUAGUGCAAAAAAAAAGUUUACACCUACAGCAAAACAGAAUUCUUUUCAGGGUAUGACGACUUGAAUGUUUAUACUUAAGAUUGUUUCCUGAAGUUUUCCCUGCACUUACUCUACAUCCUAAUAAUAAUGUGGAUAAAUAUAUAUAUAUAUGUGGCCAAAUGUCAAGACCAAAAUCACUGUGAAGAAGGACACGCUUUGCUGUGGAUGAACUGUGCUCACCUCUCUGGACUGGAGAACUGGGAUAAACUCACGCAGCCCGGGUGCUGCUGCUGGGCUCGCCGUGAACCGGGAGCUUUGAUUCUUCACGGUGAACACGCUCCGGUGGUCACAGUUUCCUUCACUACGUACCCCUGCAUGAUGAUGAUGAUGAUGAUGAUGUAAUUUUUAAUUUAAAUGUUAACUUUAGAGUAGGCAGGUAUGGAUACCUUCUAACAAUUACUGUUCAUAAGCUAAAUCAGGAUGGUAUACAAUACGUGGGGAAUCAGGAUCUGGGUGGAACUUUUGGUAGGAUUCUGAAGAAGAGUAGCAGGAUGGAAUUGACGCAGGACAAUGUGCCAUUCUUUGGUUGCUCAUUCUCUUUCCCUCACCUCUGGAAGGGUGAGAGGGGAAAUCACGGUCUGGUCAGUAUCCAGUUCUCACACCGGAGUCCUAUGGAACUUCUGAAAAGCAAGGAUAAUGAGUACAGCGGUUUGGUGUCCUAGCACAAAUACCAUUCCAGAAGCUAGGAUGCAGUGUCUGUGUUAGAGCACAUGACUAGCAUUGCAGGAAGUAGCCAAGGUAGCUUCUUCUAUUUCCUACCUUUAUUGAUAUUUACCUCAUACUGUCAUCUCAGAGUAAGUGACUUGCUUUCUUUGUUCUUCCCAUCCUUCUAUCCUUUUUCUCUCCCUCCCUGCUUUCUUCCUUUAAAAAUUUCUAUCCUAGAUUUGGAAUCGUGGUGUAGGGUUUUAUUUUCUUUUGGAACCCAAAAUCUUAAGAAUACGAUCAUAUAUACUCGUGUAUAAGCCAAGUUUUUUCAGCACAUUUUUUAUGCUCUUUGUGAUAAAAUUAGGUGCCU